AUGGAAGACAUCCCCGACCGCAAAGCGUACGUCAAAGCGACCAACGCCGACGGCGUCGCCGUCCUCGAAGGCACGGCGACCUGGUGCACGCAAUGCAAAGCCAUCGCCCCCUUCGUCGACAAGCUGAUCAAAAAGUACCCGGACGCGCGCUUCUACAAGUACGACACGGAUCAUGCGCCGGAUAUUGCGCACGAGCUGGGCGUGAACGCCAUGCCGACGUUCCACGUUUUCAAGGACGGGGACGUGCAUACUACCAUCACGGGAGCGAAGGCGGGGCCGUUGGAGAAGGCGAUUCAGGAGGCGUAUGGGGAUGGGAAGGUUGAGGAUGUGAAUACGAGUGAAUGA